AUGGUUAUCCGGAAAUCAGACAUUAUGGACGAUGGAGAUAUUGUAAAAGAAGGACAUCUUCGGAGACUGAAGGUAAAGAUCUCUUUGAUAAAUGUGCGCGCUCAAUCGUUGCAAUAGAUUCUUCGAUCGGCAGUUUCUUUUCGCUGUAAUUUACAAAUAUUGGCUCAAGUUUGGGUCGAUCGUAAGCAGUAAACGCUGAAUGUUUGAAUGUUAUUUUGUAUUUUUGUUAUUUUCUGCGGCAUUUUGCAAUCAGUUGUGAACCUCAACCAGGGGUCUGUCCUGUUAGUUUUCCUUGAAUGCUUUUUAUUGUUUAUACAGUCUAAUUUGCACUCUUGCCCAAUAAACUCAAGCAUGUUUAGACGUAGUCUAAGCUUUUCAUUCUGAACGAAUUUUGAGUUCUCGAGAACGAUUUUCUGUUGAUAAUGGUGAGGUUUAUAUGAUACAUCGUUAUCUAGAUCUGUAAGAGAAUCUUGAUUGUUUAAAGCCUUGCAUAAAUUGAAACAUUACUACACGAUUUUCGUUAUGGGGUAAUUACAUCGCUUGUAUGCCCUCUCUUAAGGAGAUUUGUGAGCUUAAAAGCUUGCCUUUGUCUUUUGUGUGCGGGUCUAAAUCGUUUACAGUUUUGCGUCAGUGUUUUCAAUGUUUCAUUUUUGAAAAUGUUUUUCCUAUUUAUUUAUUACGAUCGGGACCUAAAACUUGUUAAACUCACCCAUUGUUUUCAGUGCGAAUUCAAGUGCCCAUGUGAACGAAAUUGAAAGACAAUGUCAUUUUUCUUUGUAAGGAAAUUAAACGCGUUGAUGCGAAUGCAAAUCCGUGCUUUGUUGAUUGGUAUUACUGAUUAGUUAUACAUGCCAUAAUUUUUUCCUCGAAUUUUUGAAAAAUUUUUUCUCCAGAUCGUAAUUUUACAGCGCAGGAAAUGUUCACAGCAACAACCGCGCUUACAAAUACGUGACAAGUAUUUGUGACAAAGUACUUUGAUCGUGUGUUAUUUUUCAACAGACGCUGAAAAAGCGAUUUUUCGUUCUACGUUCGUCGCCAAGAAAAGGCAAAUCUCGACUAGAAUACUUCGAGAGCGAGAAGAAAUUCCGCUCAAAAGGCCCACCAAAGCGAGUGAUCUACCUAGCAAGCUGCCUAAACAUCGCAAAGAAAGAGGACUCUAAGCACAAAUUGGUGUUUGCUUUGUACACACGGGAAGAUGUUUUUGGCUUAAUCGCGGAAUCGGAGGACGAAUUGAACGCUUGGAUGAAAAUAAUGAAUAUAGAGAAGAGAAAAGAUGAGAUCUUUAAUGCAUCUGGUAAGUGAUUUCUUUGAUGACAACACAGCAUGGAAUCAUGCAAUUAGAAAUCAUUGUUGUUAUGGAUUUGCUCCUUUGCAUGUUUAUUACCCGUUGUGACCCAUUUACCAGGUGAGGGGUUGAAACAUUUUUUACCCGGGGAGGGGUGAGGAUAUUUAUGUCAACUUUUCAAAUGAUUAUAAUUUACUUUUUUCAAAAGCUUUUCACUAGAAAUAUAUAAAAUGAAAAACUUUAGUUAUGUCAUAAUCCUAGGUUGUACUUACAUUCAACCCCUUCCUCCCCUGAAAAUAUAUACAAGUAAAUUAUGAUUAAACAGUUUCCUGUAGUUCAGGCUAUAACCCUUAAACCUCCAUGAGUGACCAACUGAGAAUUUCUCCUAACAGCAUCAAUGCAAUAUUAAGCCGACAAGUGAUGAGAAUAAAGAAAAAUAUCAAUUAGGGGAUUAUAAGUUGACCCAGUAACAAAUUCUCCAAACAAACAUGACAUGAACUGUAUAGCAGACAGUAAUGAGAAUAGCUAAUGAGAUCUUUAGAGUUAAAGGGUUCAUUGCAUUAUAAGCCAACUAAUUAUUUCCUGAAGUAUGGCAUUUUUCUGGAAAUCCUGUGUGUGGUUAGGAAGCCAACAUCUUUUCUUUGUACAGGUGUUUUUUUUUGUUUGCCUUAAUUUCUUGAAAAAAAAAAAACAAUGCAGGAAAUUUAAAUUUUACUUCUUCAAAAGAAAUAAGGUCUGCAUUAUAGUGACUUCUAAAUUGAAAUUAACAGAGGGCUCUUUUCUGUCUUUUCCCUGACAGCACUUAACAUGAGUAUGUUUGUUAUGAAAUAGGUAGUUAUUCAUUGUGGUAGCUGGAAAUGUUGCAAUCUACAUCUAAUGACUUUGUUGUGAGACGACAGAACAAAUUUAUAUUAUCAUGAUUAUGUUUCUUUGCACAAAUCGGCAAAAAAUAUAUGCAAAGUGAUAUUAACAUAUUCACCCAUCUGUUGAGGUUCCAAAAAUAAGAAAGGACUGGUUUUGUCAAAAGUCUUAUUUUGGUCUAGCAAGCAUGGUACACUACCUGUUUAAAAAAUCUUUAAUUAUUCAUUAAUGGUAUUUGACUACACUUAACCAUGGAGACUGAAACAGUUUCUAAAAAUUGUCAUUAGAAGUAGUAAGGCAAAAUUUGGCAUGAUGUUUGAUUGAUGCAUGUGAAGUCUAUACUCUCUUGGUUCAGUUUAUGAAGGAGAGUUCAUCAAUGAAUAAUCCAGAUAACCUGUUAAUUUGACUAAAACUUCUAGACGAAAGUAAAAUGAGAAAUCUUAACCCCAAUUAAAUCAAGCUGUUUUGAAAAACUUUUUAAAAAAAUCGUCUCUUGGUUCAAUAUUUUCAGGGUUUGGCAGAUCAGGAAAUUCUUAAACUUCCAAGAUCUGAUCAUUAAUUUCCCCCUUUGACUGCUGCAUAUUUCCUUGUAAAUUGGUAAAAGAAAUUGGACAUCAGAUCAAGAUAAAAACUUCUAGUACCUAAAAAGUUUGAGUAUUUUUGUUACCUGUGUGCUAAAUAAUGUUUGGAUAUUAUAUGGAGAAGUUACAUGUUCAUUACUUUUGGAAGUUAAAGGCUGAAGUUUAUGUUAUCAUAGUCUAGCCUACAGCCAUAAAGAGUAGCACUACUCCCAGAGGCUUCUUGCAAACAAAAUUAAGAUUAGUUCCAGCUGAGUGGGCUGAUUAACUUCAGUUUCUUUAGGAGUGAAAAAAUGAUUCCAGUAUGCAUAUGCUCCAUACUGUUCUCUAUUUACUUCCUAUGGUGCUGAAAAGGAGAAUUUGUUCAACAAUCAAGAGCUUCUUUCAGAUCAGCGGCUAUCCAGUGGAUAGCAUGCCCUGUUCAAAUUGAUGAGGUCUGGUCCAGCAUAUGGUGUAGUGUUACAGGGGGUGGGGGCAGGGGGCUUUCUGUGAUGGACAAGUGUUCCUUCUAGGAGAAAGGAAAUACUCCAGAUUUUUUUAUAUCACAAAAACUCUGUUAACCUUUUUAACCCCUAAGAGUGAUUAGCAACUGAUUUCUCCUUACAAUGUCAUUGUGGAAUCACACAUUUAGGUCAUGAGAAUUAAGGAAAUGAUCAUCAAAUAAAGAAGCUCUUGACUGUUAAACAAAUUCUCUCUGUCAGCUCCUUAGAAAAUCUAUAGAGCACAGUGUGGAGAGUUUGCAUACUGAUGUUAGGAUGUAAGGGAUUAGGAUAUGACAUUUAAUUAAGAUCCAUCAGGUUGUAAACUUAAUCAAUGACUCUGUGCCCAUUUUAAUGAAGGACAGCUGUUGAAAGAUGGAGCCCUUUUUAACCCAUCUACAUGAGACUGUGGUGUCCCAAGUAACAUCUACAUGUCACCUUUACUCUUUUAAAUCCUUUAGUAUCAACCUGGCCUGUCGCUGUGAAACCAAGGGGAUUGGGAACUAGCAAGAACCUAGCUGGUCUGUAUGACCUUCAGCUAUCAACUCGCAACUUAGCACUGGUUAAAAAGGACACCAAAGAACCAGCCAUAGAGGUGCAGCUGGUCAAUAUUAGACGCUGUGGCCAUACAGACUGUUUUUUCUUUAUGGAGCUUGGGAGGUCUGCAGCCACUGGGGCUGGUGAGCUGUGGAUUCAAGUUGAUGAUCAAGUUAUUGCACAGAACAUGCAUGAAGCUAUAUUGAGGUAAAUUGUUUUCAUUAGCUUGUAAAUGUUUGCUGAAUAAUCAGGGAGAUGCUGGGUUCUGGGUUUGAGACCAGGGGAUGGGGUUGUGGGGAAGGGAUCAUUGUUUGUGUUGUGUUCUUGGGCAAGACACUUUACUCUCACAGAACUGUUUUACCUAGGAGUACAAAUUGGUUGGAAAAAAUUUUUAGGGAAGCCUGAUGAAAUGCAGGGGGGGUAACCUUGCACCAGACUGGCAUUCCAUGCAAGGGGAGGGUAGUAAUAGUCCUUGUCACUUGGUGCCACUUGGUUUAAGUACAGACUUUACCUACCUGGGGAGACAUGGAACCAGGUUAAGCCCUAAGAGGAUUUCUUUUGUUGUUUCCUUGAACAGAACAUAGUUGCUUCCCCACCCCCUUCACACAGGGAUAUACUUGCCACUGGGGUAUAAGCAAACUGGUCAUGAAAUCUGAUGAAAUGCUAGGGAUAAUCUGUGAUGGACAACACAUCUGAGGGACUGGGAACACUCCCAGGUCCAUCGUGGAGUAGAAACUGUGUUGAACUUGCUUUGGUUUGCAUGAAGACUUACCUUGUUUUGCCUUUACACUUUUAACUCCCAUGAAUGACAAAGACAGAAUUUCUGCUUACAUUAUCAAUACAAUAUCAAGCAGACACACAAAGAGAAUAAAGAAAAUAAUAUUAAGGGGAUUAUUAGUUGAUCUGAUACCAAAUUCUCUGAACUAACAUUGUAAAAAUUAUAACAAGGAUGGUAAGGAGAAUCACUUAUGAGAUCUUAGGAGUGAAAGGAUUUAUUGCAACUUUUCCUGCAUGACUUUGAACCACCUGUCCAAGGUGUGACCAUUGCUUCUGCUUUGUAGAAUUUGCAGCAGAGACAAUUUGAAAAAAUUUGUGCUUGAAGCCUGUAAGCAAAAAACAAUUACUGGAUGAGGUUAAGCAUGACAUUAAGAAUUAUCAAAAGAGAGGUCCAAAGUAGAUAACACAGAUGUGAAGUUUGAUAAUUCGUGACAUGGUGGGAAAACUGAAUUCAAUUAUUGUUUUAUCUUACAGUUUUUGAAAGCAUUGAGUUUCUCUCUGAGUGAACACUACACGGACGAGGGGCUUAGAAACGAAGCAGACUUUGAGCUUGACAUGAUAAAUGUUAUAUUGUUGGAAAUCCCAGUAUAGCAACACUAGUCACUCGCGUAGUUUUCUUUUCCUAUCUUUAUUCUAGUCGUCACACGCUUCGUAUCGCGUCGAUCUUAGCCUAUAUCUUUUUUCAAAACCACAAUUCUAAAGACCACCCUUGGUUUUGCGUUGCGAGGUUACACGGCUGACGUCACUUUUCCGACAAUAUCCACUGCAGAGAGUGCAUUUAUCAUGUUGAGUUCAACGCUAUUGUAUACUGAUUGAGUGCUCUCAACCAAUAAGAUUUUUCAUAGGAAGUCUAAUGUAUAAUAAGUAGCAUACGCGCAGCCGUGCUCCCCCCGUCCCAAGGUGAAGCCUCACAAAAAAAACUUAUCCAGUUACAUAAUUUUCCAUAGAUUAGAGUGACGUCACAGAACACGAUUAGUGUCAGGUUUUCGUAGACUUUCCUUCUGUUCCGUUUCACAUUGCGGGGGAGGGUACGGCUACAUGUAGUCUAUAUGAUUAAUCUUAGUUCUUGUCAUAUUUCACUAAUCCUGUAUCUUUUAACUAUUAACAGCGCCAUGCACAACAUCUCCUCAUCUGAUCUUCCACCGGCUCCUAGGCGACGUUGUGAUAGUGAAGGAAAACGAGGAAAGUCUCGACCUCGUCCAGUGUCAGCUCUCAUGUAUCCACCCAGUCGUGGUCGUUCAGACACUGAGCCAACUUCUCAGAAUCCGUUGGUUCGUACUGUGAGCUCCUCAGUUUCAACUCGGAACUUAACAGAGUUUGAAAGUCCCAAGAACAAAACGUCAUCUGUGUUGAAUCGCUUGCGGCCGCGGAGAAGGUCAAAGGAAGGUACUUGCGUCUUUUAUCACUGAGCCCGCGAGCAGGCACUUGUUAUCAGCACUUUGGCACGAACUUUUCUUUGCCUGACUAUAGGCCUGCAAAGAGUCUAGUACUAGUGCCAGACUCAUUUCAAAUCCUCCCACGAGCGGAGAAACGAGUACUGCACCGCUGGUAACAACGAGGGGCUGCUCGCCGGCUAUUCAAAUUAUUAUGUCACUGAAUAUGAGUGAAUAUAACUUUACUCCUAAUUUCCCGUAAUUUUGGGGAAGGAGUUGACUCUUCUACCUUUACUAGGUGCUUGAUUAUGCCCGUCGUCAAAUGUGUUUUAGAACUGUAGCUUCAAAUUGGCACCCUUUCACAAAUUUAGAUUUUUGGUAUAUUGUGUAACAGGUUUGCACAGGUUCAAACGGAAUUUCUAAAACACAUCCGUGUGUCUAGAACACAUCCGUUGUGUCACGAGCUUAGGACUAAGGAGAAAACUGAAGCAUCGAAGCGUUAAAUUCAAAAGUUUGAAGUUCUGUCCUUCUUGGGGUUUUCUGUUUUUUAUAGGGUUCCAAGCACCUGGUUGAACGAUGAACAGCUUUUUUUAACCAUUUAACCCCAAAGAGUGACUAAAAUCACAAUUCUCCUUACAUUAUCAGCCCUGAAUCACACAUUAAGGUUACAAGAAUAAAGGAAACGAUCAGCAACUAAAUUCUCAUUACAUUAUCACCCCUGAAUCACACAUUAAGGUUACAAGAAUAAAGGAAACGAUCAGCAACUAAAUAAGCUCUUAAUUGUUAAACAAAUUCUCCUUCUCAGCACUUUAAAAAAACAUGUAGAGAACAGUGUGGAGAAUAUACCAACUGAUGUUGGAGAAGAAAGAGUUAGGCAAUGAUAGUUUAAGGGUGGGGUGGUUCGAGGGUUUAACGCUCAGCUUAACGGUGGGGUGGGUCGAGGGUUGAAUGCCCAUUCCUUGAAUGCCAUUCCUGUGUGAGAGCCUAUAAGUUGAGUACAGUUUAAGGAUAUUGCGAUCUGCAAGUUGAUUUGGAUUUAUCUUUUUAUUAUGUAGUCAUUCUUGACCCUAGAGCCCCGGAUAUGAUGCGCAUGACCUUGAAGACUUGUAAUAGUAAACUAAUCCAUGCAGUCUGGCCAAAGUUCCCCGCAAACUAUUGUAAAGCGCCAGGAGCUAAUGGAUAUGUCGCUAUGGGAAUCCUUCAUUACAUGAUUACAUAGUUCUGGGAAACUCCAUUGAGUCCCCACCAAAAUCUGCAAGAAGGUUUAAUGUUUAGUUUUUUCUUAGGUUUGAAUAUGAGCUCGGAAAGUCAAGUCAAGAACCAAGAAGAAAAAAAUUCAGACUUCAGUGACAAAGUAUUGAUGCGCCCCCCGUCAAAACCACUAGAACAGAAAGAUGACCAACCGGGUAAGAGGGGAAAAACAUGGAAUUAAGGGCCUGGUUUUGCUUUUCUUCGCUCUGUGAUUGGUUCAGGAAACUCGUGCCACUUUCUCAACCAAUCACGACUUGAUCGAUUGCGUUUUUCUCGUGCUCUAAGCAGUUUUGUUGUUUUUUACUUUUACUUUUCAUCGGCACUUAAGCUGUUGACAAAUUCAGUUGCGACCAUAACUCUAAAACUUUUUUUUUGGCUUGGAGAUAACACUUGUUAAAAAAAAAAUGGACUAAGGGGUGGACCGCUGGCCUCUGAACGGGGAAUGGGAGGCUGGAUGAUUUAGUAUCGACAGUGAUUUGUCUUUUUUUAAAAUACUCAGAUAUUUUUCUUGUUUAAAUAUGUUACAAAUGGUGAUUCCUUUUUAAACAGAGUACAUGAAUCUUGGAUCGAAAAAUGUAGGAGAAACAUCGAGCAUGCAGGAUUACAUGGCGAUGAAUGGGGUAACUGGAGGCGUAAGUAUCAAAUUCUUUUGCUUAGACUCUUUGCUGUCUCAAGUUUUCUUUUGAUCGUCUUUCUCACCAAGCCAGCGCCAGGGAGUGGAGGGUGGGUCUGUUUCGGUCGAAAAGGUGUGAAUUGUACGGCCGAGGUUUUAGACGGAAAGAAGUCUAUGAGCUGACCCAAGAGGGAUCUUUAUGUUCUCUGUGUGCGAAAAAAAUGCAGGUGGGAACGAAGGUAGCCUGUCUAAACGUGUUUAUCGGUCGGCUGAUUUUUUUUUUUUCGCCUAAAAAAAUAAGUAAGCUUGUCACUGUAGUACUUCACCUGGGUAUGUCCUUCCUUUAUCUUGCAUUCGUGGCUGACAACUCACAAUAGAACAUAGACGAGAUGAUUGCUGGUGAUAAUUGGGGAGGGGAGGGGGGGGGGGGGGGGGGAGGGGGGGGGGGGGGGGGGGGGGGGGGGGAGGGGGGGGGGGGGGCGGGGGGGGGGGGGGGGGGAGGGGGGGGGGAGGGGAGGGGGAGGGAAGGGGGGAGGGGAGGGUAAUCUUAAACUUUAGCAGAGUAGUGAGGGAGGAGAGAGUAAUAAUGGUCACCAUUAUGUAAUUUUUUUUUUAGCGCAAAAAUAGUGAUCCCUACAUGGAUAUGGAGGCAACCAAGUCGAAGGCUGUGAAAGCAUUUAAGAUCGUCGACGAUGAACAGCUGAACAAAAAAACAACACACACAGCCCCUGAUGGGGGCUACAUGGACAUGACGUCACUAAGAAAACAACACAGUGACAAACAAAACGGUACUGCGAAGAGUCAAAGCUCGAGUCCGCGGGCUGGGUUUGUACAGCAGUCCAAAUCGUCGUCUCCCAGGCAGCUGAGAACCACAGAAAGUGCGUUGCCAAACAAACCAGACAUUCGUGAAUUCGUUGCCAUCAAAAUGUCUCCAUCCUCUUCCCGCAGAAGAUCAAGCCAGGAUUAUGUUUCGAUGUGUCCCCUCGCUGUAGAAUCAGGCGGAACUCCUAGUUAUGUAAAUUUUUCGCCCGGGAUGAACUCUCCGAGGUCGCGGUCUCCGAACCCCGAUGUGAGACAACGCAAAGAGGACUCGAACGGUUAUUACGUAAACUUUACCCCUGGGGAAGAAUUUUCAAACAGGGGGAAAUAUCUAGAAAUUCCGACUUCACUAAAACGUCUCAACAACUCAGGUGAUUCAUCUUCGUAUGAAGAUAUGCACAGUUACGUUAACUUUAGUCCCGGAAAGAUCACUGAUGACAAGAACUCGAACAACAGUUUUAAGAAGCAUAGCCUGGAGUCUGUCUUAUUGGACAAACCUCGCGCUUACGAAAACAUUGAUCUCAGCGGUAUUACAAAAAGCAAAAGCGCAGUAGAUGUGCCCGAGUACGUAAACUUUGUUCCAGGGGAUAUCUGCGAAAGUAGCAUAAAUGACGUUUUCUCAGUCAAUGACGAUCCGGACACCGGCCUAGUUAAGGCCCAAGAGUAUGACGAGUUUUCUCCUGGAAAGAUUCAAGUUGAAGGACAAAGAUGGAGAAAAUCGCCUCGUUCUUACAGAAGAGACAGUGAACCAGCCAGAAUACAGACGCCAAAGUUUGUGACUAUCGCACCACUAGACACAACUCAAGAAGAUGAGGAAAUUAAGCAGCUUAAUUACGUCAUGCUCGACUUAAGCAAUCCCGACAACUCUUCUGAGUCUCCAAGUCGUCAGCGCCGACGACCUCCGAACAUAGACUUAAGCUCGUGUCAGCGCGGGUCGCCAGGGCCAAAGUCUGCUCCCGUCAGAAGUGCGUACGCUGAGGUGGACUUCACUAAAUCUGAUGGGAUAAGGCAAGCUAGGCAGGAGAGAAGGGAAUCAGCUUACGCUCUUGUCAUCAACUAAGUAGAAGACGAGAGCGGACGAAAGUAGGUACUUCGUGAUUCAAACUAUUUGGUGAACCGUCGAUGUGGCAAGCGUAUUUACCUGCAUCGUUACAUAAACGAUUGGGGACUGAGAAGAAGCUCUAUUUACUGCUAGAUCACAGAAGCGAAGUGAAGUACAUGAAAAAAUUCAUGUUUGGAUGAGCAUGUAGAGAUUCACUUUGGUGGGAUUGCCCAAGGUAACUAAUUCCUAAGAAGAAACAUUUCCAAUUAAGACAUGAUUUCUUGUGGCUGCUCAUUCCGGAAACUUUGUAGCUGAAAAUUAAAUUAGUUCUUAACUUUUGAAAAAUAGAUCAGUAGGUCUGUGGCAAGUGACAAACAGAAUAUGAGGUGUACUAAGUUUAGCCUGAACCACAUCUUUUGAACGAGGGCUGAUUGAAAAUUGAUAGCAUAGAAGAAAUUUUAUUGAAAAUGUUUUGUUUAGGAUCUUUUCAAUUAGUUUUGCAAAAGGCGAUGUUGCACGAGCCGAUUCGUAUCAUUGUUGCAGCUUAAUGUCGUAGAAAAUUUUUUUAUUUCGUUAGAAAUCUCGUGAAACGUCUCUCAGUCUACUUUUGAUUCCAAGAACGAGAUCGUAUUCGGCGAUUGCUCGGGGAUCCGAAAACAAUCGUGUUUCUUGACGAGAAUUGGCCGAGGGUCGCUCCUCUCAUGGUUGGCCAAUCGAUAUUAACUGGUUGGAAAAUAUUAUGAUAGAAUUGAUUUAACAAUAUUUUUCUAUUUAAGGCAGUGAUCAUUCGCUAGCGAUUGCGAUGCAUGAGGAAAUAGUUCUAUGAUUUUUUUUAGCCCAGGAUUUUGAUAUUUUAUAUUACUUCGGCUUUAUUGUGACCAAUGUUAGAAGUGAUAACUGAAAGGGAAGGCCUGUUAAUGUGUAAGAUAAAAAAAAGUGCUGCAGGUUUUGUUGGGAGCUCCCUAACUGCGUAUUACUUUGGCGUCCGAAUGAAGACUAUAAUUCUUGAAGCACACAAUAACUUGCAGUCCAAUUCAUAAUUGAUUUUAAGAUUAAUGCGUCGAUCAUGCGUCGAUCAAUUUGAAGUUUCAACAUCCCCCCGCCUUCCCUACUGGGCAUUUGAACAGUUGGAAAGUGGUUCGUUUAAAUUCCCGUCCCCCAAGGCCAAAAUUGUGCUCAAAUACCCAACCCAAGUCCCGGCUUUGAUGGUCAAUUUUUUUUUGUGAAAAGCAAGAUCGGCGACUGUGACUUUCUGGUCAUUGAUAAGCAAUUGGUCUUAUUAUUCAAACCUAGACCUAGAAUAAGUUUUCUUCUUAGCCAUAGGCUUGCGAAAGUGAACUCUUUACCCCAGAAUACAUGCAUAUUAUACGAUAAAACACGUUUAUUCCACUGGAAUACUUGACACUUCCGGUUCAAAUUUCCUACCCCACCUAGACAGGGCUUAAGUUACCCACGCCCGAGCACGGACGACUAAGUUGCCUGAGGGGGGAGGGGGAAAUUAGAAGCUUCGAAUUGAUCGGCGUUUAACUUUUCUUCAUAAUUAUUCACUCAGCCUUGUUACAUACACGAAAUUUUAACCCUUAACCCUUUCACUCCCAAGAUCUCAUUGGUAAUUCUCCUUACUAUCUGCCAUAUGAUUCUUAUGAUGUUAGUUCAGAGGAUUUGGUAUUGGAUCAUCUAAUAAUCCUGUUAUUAAUAUUUUUCGUUAUUCUCAUCACCUACCUGCUUGAUGUUGUAUUGAUAUUGUAAGGAGAAAUUCAACUUUUGACUCAGAGGGUGCUAAUGUUAUGUAGUAGUAAAGACAACAAACUAACUCACAUGGAAAUGAUUUGAAAGUUCAAGAGUUAAGAAAAAAUGCGCAAUUAGAAUCUUGUUUAUUCAAGCACAAUUAGUACAAGGUAAAUUCGAUUGGACCCAGUUUACAAGUGGUUGGUGUUAGAACUUUUAGAAAACUUUUUUGAAUUAAUAGAAUCACGCUGUAUUUAUUUUUAAUUG